CGUUGAUACUUAAGCUCGGGGUGGUCCUAUAUUCCUCCCAUCUCUUGUCUCAGACAGACAAGCUUUCCGUCCCACCGUCGUCUCUCUCCCUCUCUCCAAAAUCGCCAUGUCCAUACUCCUCCGAGCCCUACCCAUCAUAUCCAUCCGUUCCAAACGCCUCUCCCUCCCCCCGCUCCCUCUCCUGUACUUCAACUUCCAAACACUUACCAAACCAAAUACUUGUCCAGUAAGUAGAAGAACCAACCACUCCGCUUCCGCUUCGCUAACUCCGUUUACUUCCUCAGAGAAAACCCUAAGUUCUACCCCUAGAUUACCGGAAACACCCUUCCAAGAAUGGGUCAGCAGAACUGGGCUGUGCGGCGAAUUGUCUGAAAGCGACGUGGGUAACCGGGUCAGGCUCUGCGGGUGGGUCGCGCUCCACCGGGUUCACGGAGGCCUCACUUUUCUCAACCUUAGAGACCACACUGGCCUUGUGCAGGUUACCACACUGCCAGAUGAGUUCCCGGAUGCUCAUUCUGUUGUAAAUGAUCUGAGGCUCGAGUUUGUGAUUGCUGUUGAAGGUGUUGUUCGGUGUAGGCCCAGCGAGUCAGUCAACAAGAAAAUGAAGACUGGGAUGAUAGAGGUUGCUGCAGAGCAUGUACAAGUAUUGAAUGCCGUGAGAUCUAAAUUGCCUUUCUUGGUUACUUCCUCAGAUGAUGCAAAAGAUUCUGUUAAGGAGGAAAUCCGUUUGAGAUAUCGUUGCCUUGAUUUGCGCCGGCCACAAAUGAAUUCCCACAUAAUGCUGCGACAUAGAGUGGUGAAACUCAUUCGAAGAUACCUAGAGGAUGUACAUGGUUUUGUGGAGAUUGAGACUCCAAUACUCUCUAGAUCUACUCCAGAAGGUGCCCGAGAUUACUUAGUGCCUUCAAGGGUUCAGCCAGGAACAUUCUAUGCUUUGCCCCAAAGUCCACAACUGUUUAAGCAGAUGCUAAUGGUCUCUGGUUUUGAUAAGUAUUAUCAAAUAGCAAGAUGUUUUCGGGAUGAAGAUCUUAGGGCAGAUAGACAACCUGAGUUUACACAACUGGAUAUGGAGAUGGCUUUCACUCCUCUGGAGAACAUGCUGAGGCUCAAUGAAGAUUUGAUUAGACAGGUUUUUCUGGAGAUCAAAGGUGUUCAGCUACCAAAUCCUUUCCCAAGGAUUUCAUAUGCUGAAGCAAUGAGUCGAUAUGGUUCAGACAGGCCAGAUGCUCGUUUUGAUCUUGAACUAAGAGACGUAUCUGAUAUUUUUGCAGACUCCUCAUUCAAGGUUUUUACAGAUACCCUGGCAAGUGGGGGAGUUAUAAAGGUGUUAUGUGUGCCUUCAGGAGUAAAAAGUUAUUCAAACACAGCCCUUAAGAAAGGUGAUAUUUACAAUGAAGCAAUCAAAUCUGGAGCUAAGGGUUUGCCUUUCCUUAAGGUCUUGGAUGAUGGGGCUAUUGAGGGGAUUCCUGCACUAGUAUCAAGUUUACAUCCGUCAAAAAAGGAGCAGUUACUAACACGAUGCUCUGCUGGAUCCGGUGAUCUUAUCUUGUUUGCUGUGGGUCACCAUGUCUCAGUUAAUAAAACCUUAGACCGGCUACGGGUGUAUGUGGCACAUGAGUUGGGCUUGAUUGACCAGGCCAGGCAUUCAAUUCUCUGGGUGACCGAUUUCCCGAUGUUUGAAUGGAACAGUUCAGAGCAAAGGCUUGAGGCUUUGCAUCACCCUUUCACUGCUCCAAACCCCGAGGAUAUGGAGGAUCUUUCCUCUGCUCGUGCCUUAGCUUAUGACAUGGUUUACAACGGAGUUGAGAUUGGUGGAGGAAGCUUGAGAAUUUAUAAGCGUGAAAUCCAAGAAAAAGUUUUGGAAAUUGUUGGCAUUUCCCCUGAGCAGGCCGAAGCAAAGUUUGGCUAUCUCUUGGAGGCUUUGGACAUGGGUGCUCCUCCCCAUGGAGGAAUUGCUUAUGGGCUGGAUAGGUUGGUAAUGCUGUUAGCCGGUGCUAUUUCCAUCAGGGAUGUCAUCGCUUUCCCAAAGACGACAACCGCCCAAUGCGCCCUUACUCGUACACCCUCGGAGGUGGAUCCUCAGCAACUGAAGGAUCUUUCGUUCCAGACUAUCCAGUAGUCUUUCCUAGUCAUAUUACUAAUCAUUCUCUCAUUUGGGAUGCUCAUCAGUCGGUUUCAUCACAAGUAUUUUCAUUUGGGGUUCAGUAGCUUUGCUAUGUUUUGCCCAGCGACAGUCUUGAGGGAAGAAUUUUGUUUAAUUCAUAAAACAUUUUCCUUUCUUUUGUAGUGUUUUGAAUCCCUUUUUGGUGAUUGAAGCAUAAUAUUCAGAUCACAAGUUAUUUACGUUUUUACAUUGCACUCUGGAAUCAGUUGCUGUGGACGGGUUCCAUCCUCUUUAUUGAUAUGGGAACAAAAAGGCCCUAUUUGGUGUUUGGACAUGAA